GAAAAAUUGAAACUUAAAACUCAGCUGACAGUCAGGAGGAGGGUCCCUCUCCUCUCUGACAGGUUCCUCAGAGAUGCUGCUGAUUUCCACACAGGUUUAAAAUGAGUCUCUCCAGCAGGCAGGGGCAGCUUUAGGGUGAAUGACCAAGAUGUGGCUGCUCAUGCCCAGCGCCUUUGCUGGAAAGCUGCUGAGUGUUCUCAGGCAGCCGCUGAGCUCUUUAUGGAGAAUCCUGGCCCCCUGGUUCUUCUGGCUCGGGGUAAUAUUUUGGUUGGCGGGUACUGAGAGGAGACGGCAGCCGCAGCAGAGGGAAGAGAAAGACAAGAACAAAGAGGGAGAGGAAGAGGAUGAUGUCCCCACUACCCCCACCAGCGUCAACUAUCAUUUCACCCGUCAGUGCAACUACAAAUGUGGUUUCUGCUUCCACACUGCCAAAACAUCCUUUGUGUUGCCCCUCGAGGAGGCUAUGAGAGGACUGGCUUUGCUUAAAGAGGCAGGUAUGGAGAAGAUAAACUUUUCAGGAGGAGAGCCAUUUCUUCAUGAGCGAGGAGAAUAUCUAGGCAAGCUGGUGAAAUUCUGCAAAAAGGAACUAGGUCUCCCAAGCGUCAGCAUUGUGAGUAAUGGAAGCCUGAUCAGAGAGAGAUGGUUUAAGAAUUAUGGUGAAUAUUUAGACAUUCUCGCUAUCUCCUGUGAUAGCUUUGAUGAGCAAGUUAAUGUCCUUAUUGGUCGUGGUCAAGGAAAGAAGAACCACGUGGAAAAUCUUCAAAAACUGAGGACAUGGUGCAGAGACUACAGAGUGGCUUUCAAGAUAAAUUCUGUCAUUAAUCGUUUCAACGUGCAAGAGGAUAUGAACGAACAGAUUAAAGCACUAAAUCCUGUUCGCUGGAAAGUCUUCCAAUGCCUAAUAAUUGAGGGUGAGAAUUCUGGUGAAGAUGCGCUGAGAGAAGCAGAAAAAUUUCUUAUUAGUGAUGAAGAAUUUGAAGGAUUCUUGGACCGCCACAAAGAGAUUUCCUGUUUGGUUCCUGAAUCUAAUCAAAAGAUGAAAGAUUCCUACCUUAUUCUGGAUGAAUAUAUGCGCUUUCUGAACUGUAGAAAUGGACGAAAAGACCCUUCUAAGUCCAUCCUGGAUGUUGGAAUAGAAGAAGCUAUAAAAUUCAGUGGAUUUGAUGAGAAGAUGUUUCUAAAGCGUGGAGGGAAGUAUGUUUGGAGCAAGGGGGAUCUGAAGCUGGACUGGUAAAGCUGGAAGGGGAAAACAUCUCUGACUACCUACGGGAAGUGUUACCUGCACUCAAAGCGUUGCUGUCAUCAUCAGCAAGGCUAUUGUGUUGGCAUUACUCAAUGACUGAAAAUCUGAUUUUUUGUUUCACCUGGUAUCUGAUUAUCUGUGGCAACUGAACACAUAAAUAACUUAGAUAAUUGAAAUCCCUGGAUAAUUCAAAAACAUAACUUUAGUUAAUUAGUUUAUUAUCUUAUUGCUAUUGAAAAUGUACCCCAUUUCUGAGUCUUGAUUUAGCUAAAAAAAAAAAAAAAGGACAAAUAAAAUCCUAGAUAAACCACCUGUAUGCAGGAUUUAUAAUCCAGUUCAACAGGGAGUUUGUAAGAAAUAAGCUUCAAUAAUAUCGUGAGGCCAAUAUUUCAUUUGGAUUUGAUUUUUUCAGCAAUGUUCAUUGUGACUCUCACAGUUCAGUUUUGAAGCUCUUUUUCCCAGUUUAUUCAGUUGACAGAGUCAGGUAUUUUCUGGUGUAUUGAGAUGCCAGUUUUCACAUCUGGAAAGAUUAUAAAAUAUCUCCCCCAAAUAUCUCCUUGUUGUAAUGCUCUUUCUUUUUUUGCCUUUAUACCAUUGCAGUAUUGGCUUUUUACCCACACAUUUAGGAAUAAUCAACAGAUGUUUGUAAGAACAAUAGAAGAUAAUCAUAUCAAUUUUUAAUGAGACACAUAGAAGGAGGUAAUGCAAGCAAAGAUGCACUGGCAUACUCCUUGGCCCAUAGCUGCUUGAAUGUUUGUUAUUCUUGCUUUUUCCCUCUCUCUUCAAAGAUGUGUAGUAAAACCAAGAAACAAAUUUCAUGAUGAAGUUGACAUGAGUUCAGUCCUCAGAUCGCCAAACAUAUGAGUUUAUUUGAAUAGAUGCUCAUCACAGUAAUUUUGACAAGUGGAGCCUGCUGGAUUGGCAUGUGCUGUUCUAAAAAAGCACUGGAAGAAAUACAUAGGAAAAAAUGUAGUGAAGUGUCUGGAAAGUACCUGGCUUUAUGUAAAUGAAGCCGUGGCACAUUAUCAUGUUUCUCAAUUAACUCCGAAUGAAUUGAAAUAGAUAUAUUCUAGGCCAGUGUAACAAGAAUCAGUGCUUUCCUUUUCUUGCACUAAGAAAAAGAGCUCAGGGGAGAAUGUCACUUAAACUGGGUUAGGGAAAAAAUAUCCUAUUCUUGUGGAAAGAUCCCAUGAAGUUUGUUUAUGUAACUUAGAUAGUAUCUCAUUGCCUUGAAAAUAAUUAUUUCCUGUUAUUGUUUUUAAAGAGCAAAAUCAUGGAAUUAAUUUUUUUUCUUUUUGUUUUUUUUCCUUUUUUUCUUUUUUUGCCAAGCAAAGAGCAAGCAAUUUUAAUUCACUUGCAAUUCCAUCAUCAGUUACUAGGUGGCAUUUGAAUGUUACCUGUUUCAUUAAGCAGUCAAGCAGAAAAUUUUGCUUCAUAAUCCUCUACCACAAGUAAUAUUUUCAAGACUUCAUGGUUUUGAAAGGAUUAUUUUUUAUGAUUUUUUUCUCAUAUAGUAUAUAUGCCUACUUUAAUUUUUAAGUCAUUAUAAUUCAACUGAUAUGAGUUUGUGUCUCAUCUAAAAUAGGAUAUGUUGUUACCAUAUGCUGUCAGGGAUUUUCCUUUUUGUGUUUUUUGUUUGUUUGUUUUUUAAGAAAAGAGAAAAAUGCAUUAGAAGAAUUUUCUCCAGUGGAUUUUGAUAUUGUUAAACCAUGAUAACCUUCAUAUAAUCAACAUAUACACAAAACAAAAAUUUUAAUUAGUGUCUUCUUUACACAAGUGCUCUUUGCUGAUUUCCCUAUUAUUUGUUCAACAAGAAAUCAAACUCAACAAAGAAAGGUCAUGUAUAUGAAAGCACUGAAUACCAAAUCUGGAUCUGAAACCCAAAUCCUCUGAGUUGGAAUGAAUUUUUCUCUAGCUAAGGAAAACUGUAUUUACUUUCCCCCAAGAGAAAUAUAAUAUAAUAUAAAACAAAACGCAAAUGUACUUAAGAAAUAAUAUACUUUCCAGCUGUUUGAACUGCUACCAUCCUCUUCCUUAUGCACUAUCAAGAUUUGGCUUUAAUGUUGAAGAUAUUCAAUUUUUAACUUAAGGGGGUGGGGAAUAGGGACUUUUAACAAAAGAGUACUAUACAAAUUUGGCUUAUAUAGCAUUUUGCUUUAUGAUUUCAGUUUUAAAAAUGAGUGUUAAGUCUGUGAAAUGUUCUUUGUAUUGGGAAAACAAUAAUCUUAGCUGAGAUAUUUCAAUUUAUGUGUUAAGUGUAAAUGUAUUCGUUUCCUAGAAGCUAGAACAAAUAUCACAUGAUCGGUUGGUUUAACAACAGUAAUUUAUUGGUUCAGAGUUUCAGAGGCUAGAAGGCUUGCUUCUUCCCUGGUUUUGUAUCUUCUAGCGGGCCAGCUAUCUUUGGGUUUCUGGGCUUUUCCAUCACAUGGCAAUGCACAUGGUGGUAUCUUCUUCUUUCUCCUCCAGGUUUUUCCCACUUCUGAUUUCUGACUGCUCCCUGUCAUUUCUUUCUCUAUGGACUUCUCUGUAAAGCCUCCAGUAAUAGUUGAUUAAGACCCAUUCCAAUUUAAUUGGGCCACACCUUGACCAAAAUAACCUCAUCAAAAUGUCCUAGUUACAAUGGGUUCAUACCCACAGAAAUGGACUGAGAUUAAGAACAUGGCUUUUGGGGUACGUAACUCCAAGUCAGUGUUUUGUGGUGUUUAUAAUUAUUUAUUCAGUAUACAUUAUAACAUUUUGUCUUAAGACAUUUUAUCUCAAGAAGCCUAAAAAAUAAGAUGUUAGUGACAACAUAUUGAUUUAAAAAGUACUAAUCUUCUGUAUUCUUAGAUAAAAAUGAUAUGACAAUUGCUUCUUUACUCACAAGUUCAAAGAUGAGUGAGGCCACUUUGGCUAAAUCAUCUGAAAUGUGGGCUCAUGUUUGAUCUCUAUCUGGAGUUCAGCGUAAUUGUUGGGUAAAUAGAGAAUCAAGAUGCUAAAACAAUAGAAAAAAAUAGCAAUAAGGCCCUAUUAGGCAAAGAAGCACUGAGUAUGCUACCGUCUUCUUGAAAGGCUACUUUUAAAUCACCUGUGACUGACAGACUAAUUACGCUGUAAGAUUUUAAAGCUGUGUCUUAAGUGUAAAGAGUUCUUGAUUUUUAGAGAAAUAUAUAUACAUAUUUUUUUCCAUGUGUGAUACUCUUGGGUAUUGGUCCUAUAUUUUGUACAUAUUGUGAUAUAUUAAAAUAUGUUUUGAACACUG